UACAAUUAAUUUAAUAAUUUAUAUUUAAGCUCAUUCAGAUUGAAUAUCAUGAAAAGUUUUCCGUUCCUUGUGCUUUUUAAUUGGUAUGGUUUCGUAAUAUCAGCUGCAAAUUUAAGCAAUGUCACCUUAAUCGCCUGCAACAUGGAUAGUUUGAAAAAAGAAUAUCUUCGAGAUGCCAAAGAUCUCUAUGUUUUACAUUGCAAUAUACCAACUCUUCAGAACGCUGUAUUUCUGAGGCACAACAAACUCGAAACAUUGUGCAUUUCCGAUUCCAAACUAUCAAAACUAGAAGAUUAUUCCCUCAAUGGAUUGAUGAGUUUAACAUCCCUCGAUCUAACGCGAAACAAUAUCUCUCAGAUCAAGUCGUGGUCAGAUGAAGAUUAUCAACGUAACUCCAUCAAAAAGCUGGAGAUAGAUAGUUUUCGACGAUUUCCUUAUCUUCAGAAACUCAAUUUGGCUGUCAAUCUUAUCGAAAUCAUACCCGAUGGGAUGUUGCGCAGUUUGCCACUAUUGAAGUACAUAAACAUUGGCAAGAACCACCUUAAACAAAUUGACUUAAGCACUUUCCGGGGACUACACAAGCUGUCACACCUUGCCUUACAUUAUAAUCAAAUCUAUGAGAUUAAUCCACAAGCUUUUGAUACAAACAAUCAUUUGAGAUCGUUGCGAUUGGAGGCGAACGCCAUUGUGGAUUUGAAAUUUAUGGCUCAAAUGAAUCUGGCCCGGUUGGUGCAUUUGAACUUGAGCAAUAACGCAAUUAAUAGCCUUAAGCGAAUGGCCUUUACAAAAGACACAGAGUUAAAGAGCCUCGACGUGAGUUAUAAUCUUAUUGGGGAGAUUUAUGAAGACACACUAUUAGGAUUAGAAUCACUCGAGAUGCUAAAUGCCAGCCAUAACCGUAUCCACACCAUAGCCUCGAAAAGUUUCCUUGAGCUAACUAGCCUAACUCAUCUUGAUAUCUCUGCGAAUAAUUUAACCAACUUACCUUUGGAUAUAUUCAACUCAACACACCGCCUAAAAUACAUUAAUAUGUCCGACAAUGCACUGGAGCACCUAGAAUCUAAUCAUUUUUAUGAAAUGUCCCAGCUUCAGCUACUGGAUCUCUCCAUCAACCAUCUACAUCGUGAUAAUUUCAUCGAAGGACUAUUUUCUCACUGUCGACACCACCAUCAGCAGCGGAAGCCUCAGAUGCAUGCACUCCAUUUGUUGAAUCUGAGCUAUAACGAGUACAGUGUCCUCAACUUGUCCAUGCUGUAUGAAUUCGAAAGAGUAGAUUUGUCGGGUAAUUUAUGGGACUGCAAUUGGCUGAUCCGGGAAAUGAUUCAUGGCCCGGAUACAAUACGCUUUGGUAGAAAUUAUAUAAUGAAGGAUACAGAAGCAGAUCUUUGGUCUGUGGCCGGUGUGGAUUGUUAUGAUGAAAAGACCAAACGAAGUAUUAUUCUGAUUUAUGAUUGGAAUUUGAUGGGUUCAAAAGAUGGUGAGAAUUCAAUUAGUUCUUUGCUUUUCUGGUCAAACAUUCUUUCAAAUCAUGAAUUCGAUAAUAGGGAUAUUGUUAUUUGUUUUCUGCUAUUAGUCAUACUUGCAUUUUUAGCAAUUCUACUACAAUUUACUUGCAAAUCAAAAAGAAGAAUCAAACAAUCAUCAAAUAGGGAAAAAGAUCUCGAAGAAAUCGAAAUGAUGUCCUGUGGGGAUACAGCAAUAUCAACUGAUUCAAAUAUCGAUAAGAAGUAGUAGAAGUAAAAAUCCAAAAAACAUAAAUACAUAAUUAAUUUAUUUUAUACUACAAAACAUCCAAUUUAGUUAUUAAUAAAUUACUUGUUGCCUUAAA